AGGAUAUAGUGGGCCCAGAAGAGAGGGGACACAGACGAAAAUGGAGUGUAGGGAGAAUUUGGUCCAGUGGCUGAGCUGGAUUCUGCUCCUUGGGGGGCCGCUGGUUUGCUGGCUGCAGCUAACCACGGAAAGGCGGAUGCUUUACGGCCGCUACACGAGGUCCGAGGACCGGUGUUUAGUGAACACCAAACUGGUCUGGAUGAUCCAAGAGGUGCCCUCGCUGCUGGUGCCGCUGCUCCUGCUGCUCUGCACCGAGUCCCGGGCCGGAGUGGGCCGCAGCCUGCUGCUCGGAACCUUCUGCCUGCAUUACUUCCACAGGUCGUUCAUCUACGCCUGGCGGACCCGCGGGCGGCCGUUUCCUGUUAACAUCGCCGUAAAAUCGUUCAUCUUCUGCGGCAUGAACGGACUGCUGCAGGGACACUACCAACUCCACUGCGCCCCCUCCUGGCAGAACCCCGUACGGAUGGCAGUGGGUCUGCUUCUGUUCUUUGCAGGUCUGAUAAUCAACAUCCACAGCGACCAUUUGCUACGGAGCCUUAGGAAACCAGGAGAAGUCCACUACAGAAUCCCCAGAGGGGGGAUGUUUGAGUUUGUGUCGGGGGCAAACUACUUCGGGGAGAUCCUGGAAUGGUUUGGCUAUGCUGUGGCCGUCUGGUCGCUGCCUGCAGCCGCCUUCUUUCUCUUCACUAGCUGUACCAUCGGCCCACGAGCCAUACACCACCACAGGUUCUACCAGCAGCAGUUCAAGGACUACCCUCAGUCCAGAAGAGCCCUGAUUCCUUUCCUUCUGUAGCACCUUGCAUAAUUUAUGAAAAAAAACUGCAUAUCAUCCCAGGUGAAAAAGUAGUAUACUUUAGUGUAUUACAAGUAUAAUUCAAUUAUACAAAAGUUAGUACAAGUAUACUUUUACUUUUUGUGCUUAAUUUAAAGUAUACUUAACAUAUACUUUUAAAAAGUGUACUU